AAAUAACUCCUCUCUUUAUCUCCCUUUCUCCACUUUUUUCUUUUCUUUUCUUGUUUCUUCAUUUCAAAAGUUCUCACUUUUUUUGCAGAUCUAAAUCCGCACUGAAAAAUAGGAGUCACAAUUGAAUCUACUUUGCUCUCUCAAAUAUUAUUCAUGAGAUCUAAAUCCGCACAGAAAAAUAGGACUCACAAUUGAAUCUACUUUGCUCUCUCAAAUAUUAUUCAUGAGAUAAUUUGUCAAACAAGGAAGAGAGAAGAAGUGUGAAAUUUAUUUUAGACAUACCCAAAAAAGAAAGUGUGAAUUUCAUUUGAGAAUUGAGAGGGGAGUAUAUAUCUACAAUCUGAUAGUAAUGGUGGUGGAAGGAUCGUGACCCACGGGAUACUCUCUCUAAUUUCUCUAGGAUCCUCCCAAAUAUGAUGAAUCAUUUGUCUUCCACUUCAUUAAGUAUCUGUUCCUUCCUCGAUCCAGACACGGUCCUCUAAAGGGAUUGAUGAGAGGAACUGAUGCUGUUAUCCGCGCCGCUUUUGAUUGGUUGAAUAGAGAAGAAACGCAAACUAGAGUAAAAGGUGGGACCCCACCAUUUCAGUAUGCCGAAUCUGCGAGAUCGGGUACAAAACUGGGAGUAGUACUAGCUACCCUAGCUAGGAUGGCUAUGGCAGUCAAAGUUGUUUCUGGAUACAGAAAGGGUACGACCUUCCUGCAUCGCCACCCAGUUUUAGGGAUUCCCUCAGUCCUCAGUUAUCUAUACAUCAGACUAUCAUUUUCUUUUCACUGCAUUGACUUGUACUAUGAACAGAUUUUUGCGCACUUAUUUAUAUAUGGAGGAUAUGGUUUUCCAUUGCCGGAU